CACCUGUUUUUAGGAAAGUAGCUUCUUCCAUUAGACCUGUAUGCUAACGCAAUUAUGAAUGUUUUAGUUUUAUGUUUUAGGGUAGGGAAAAUUUCAUUUUUCAGAAAAAAGAAAAACUCUGGAAAGCAAUGAAAGGAGUCUCCGUAAGUCAACCGAAGCCAUGGACGCACCAGCUGGUAUAAUUGAGAAGCAGUCAAAGAAGAAAAGAGAUCCGCGCCAUCUUUAUCGCAAUCGCGUUUAAGCCAAAAAUAAAAAUGAAAAGGAAUUCCUAUUCUUAUUCUCAUUCUCGGCGUUAAUAUUUUCCCUCCAUCCCUGGCGCGAUUCAUUUUCUCUUUGGAAUAAGAGAACAGAACCGAACCUGCAAAGGGUUGGUUCCAUUCCAACAUGUAGAGCACGCUCUUUGUUCUUUUCAUUUCUGCCAAGUUUUUUGUUGUUGCGUUGCCAAAUCCUUUCUCCUCGGGGCGCCGCCAUGGAAAGCAUUGCCGCGCAGCUGAAGCGCGGCAUCUCCCGGCAGUUCUCGUCGGGGUCGCUGCGGAGGAACCUCUCGCGCCAGUUCACUCGCCAAGCCUCUCUUGAUCCCCGGCGUAACAACCAGCGCUUCAGCAUCGGCCGCCAGUCCUCUCUCGAUCCUAUUCGCCGUAGCCCCGGCCCCGUCCAGCCCGAGCUCACCGUGCCCGAGAACCUGGACUCCACCAUGCAGCUCCUCUUCAUGGCCUGCCGCGGCGACGCCAAGGGAGUCGAUGAUUUGCUCAACGAAGGCAUCGACGUCAACAGCAUCGACCUCGACGGCCGCACCGCCCUCCACGUCGCCGCCUGCGAAGGCCACGUCGAAGUCGCCAGGCUCCUCCUCACCCGCAAGGCCAACCUCGACGCUCGCGAUCGCUGGGGCAGCACCGCGGCCGCCGAUGCCAAAUAUUAUGGAAAUACAGAAAUUUAUUACAUGUUGAAGGCUCGGGGAGCGAAAGUGCCGAAAACCAGGAAGACUCCAAUGACUGUUGCAAAUCCUCGUGAAGUUCCGGAAUAUGAACUCAACCCGUUAGAGCUACAGGUUCGGAAGAGUGAUGGUAUUUCAAAGGGAACAUACCAAGUAGCUAAAUGGAAUGGCACCAAGGUUGCAGUGAAGAUACUUGAUAAGGACAGUUAUUCAGAUCCUGAUACCAUAAAUGCUUUCAAACAUGAACUCACAUUAUUAGAAAGGGUGCGGCAUCCGAAUGUGGUCCAGUUUGUUGGAGCUGUCACCCAGAAUAUACCCAUGAUGAUUGUGAGAGAGUACCAUUCUAAGGGUGACCUGGCAAGCUAUCUUCAAAAGAAAGGGCGCUUGUCUCCAUCAAAAGUUCUACGGUUUUGUCAUGAUAUUGCUAGGGGCAUGAACUAUCUUCACGAAUGCAAACCAGAUCCGGUUAUUCACUGUGAUUUAAAGCCAAAAAAUAUUUUGCUGGAUAGUGGAGGGCAAUUGAAGAUAGCUGGAUUUGGCACUGUGAGAUUUUCACUAAUUUCACCUGAUGAAGCACAGCUGGUACAGCCUGAGCCUAACAUUGAUCUUUCAAGCUUGUAUGUGGCACCGGAGAUUUACAAAGAUGAAGUUUUUGAUAGAAGUGUGGAUGCAUAUUCUUUUGGUCUCAUUUUAUACGAGAUGAUAGAGGGUACACAGCCCUUCCAUCCGAAGUCCUCAGAGGAGGCAGUUAGACUGAUGUGCUUAGAAGGGAAAAGACCAGCAUUCAAGAUCAAAACAAAACAUUAUCCUCCGGAGUUGAAAGAGUUGAUUGAGGAAUGUUGGGAUCCAACACCUGUUGUGAGGCCAACAUUUUCUCAGGUCAUUGUACGGUUGGACAAAAUUGUUGCAAAUUGCUCAAAACAAGGAUGGUGGAAAGAUACUUUUAAACUCCCUUGGAAAUAAAUAACAAGGUACAUACCACGUGGCAAGGAAGACAUCAAGUCCAGGGUUGCAUCCUCAAAACCAAUUUGGGAGCUUCAUGUUGGUGUACUGUUAAUAGCCAUUGCAAUUAAUAAUUUUGGAAUUCGAAUAAUAUUAACUUGUGCGUGGAAAUGAAUAUGCAUGGUUCGUCCUAUGUUCCCUAUCCACUAGAGGGCCUGGAACAGCUCCUCUCUGUACAAAGUACCAUAAACGACAUAUAACAUUUAUUCUCAGAAAUUUUCUAAUAAAAAUGUGUUUCUAUACUUAUGGAUA